GCCCCCUCGUAGAUUCUUUUCUUUCACCUAAUACUCGCGACUACGCAUAUCGGUGCUGAGCACUGGAACUCAUGUUGCCGUACAGGAAACGGUCGUCCGUCUGGAGCGUAGGGAGCACCGGCUCGAGCUCCUCGAUCUCGACGUCAACCGUUGCUUCGUCACCCAUCACCACACCAGGUCUGCUGCCUAUCACGUGCUCCGACGUCCCCGAGGAUGCAGACGGCGAGGAUGAGCAGCCACCGAUGAUCUCUAUCAGCGACGAGCAAGUUGAAGAGCAUCCGUUCGACCCGAGUAUCCCAGACGAGAUGUAUUGCCGGAUGAUGCUGCGGGCUGCGUCCUCCGAACAGAGCCCUCCUGUCUCGUCGACGUCAGGAGGUUUUCAUGAGCGCGUCAGCCGCCUCUUUGCGGCACACAUACCUCGCCGCGCUGUCUCGCCGCCAAACGCUACCGCCGGCUCGCCGUCGGAGUCGUCAAGACCCUCUGGAUCGUGGCUGUCAAGGCUGCGACCACGGAGGGAGUCGCACGACUCGGAAGAAGCUGUGCCUGUCAGCGCACAGGCGAGUGCCGAAUGCAGGGCACGGGCCCAGGAGCUGGCCACGGUUAUCUCGUGUACGAAACGCCCAUCGGGGAGUCUCUGCCUUGUUUCGCUCGACCAGGCACAGAGGCGGGAAGACAUCGUUCACCGACCGGAAGGCUUUGAGCUGGCUGAGCGCAAGGACAGCCUGGUUUCGCAAUGGUGACUUCGAUUCUCUUUUAUUUGGAUUCAGGAUGUAAGGCUAGGCUAUCAUAAACCCCACGAUGAGGAUACUAUACGCUGCGCGAUGCGAAUAUAAUGAUUCGGAUUUCGGC